AUGAUCGAACCUGAAGACAGGUUCUGGUCCGAAGGCCAGAAUUAUUGCGGCCCACGCGAGAUCCCCACCACACCAAGUUAUUGCAACGUCUGGGAUUGGGAUCAGCUUCGGAUGAUCAAGGUCAAAGGCACCGCCAAGUUGUUUCCACCCGAAGAAGAUAGAGAGCUCUCAAUCAUCGCCCGGUUGGCUGAUUAUUUGUCCCCGGAAGUUUCCGCCAUCACAGUCGACGACGACGGGCUCCUUACCGAGGUCUCGACAGAUCCGGAAGAGGACGAUACUCUGUUUCUUGCAUAUGUUCCGUUCUCACUAUGUGAAUCACUCGUCGAUUGCCGUACAAUCCAGUACUCCAAACUCCAAGAGCUCGAUCGACUCGGGCCAUUUGUUGAUCUAAGAUUAUACAAAGACGAAUUUGGGAUUUCCCAAAAGGUUGCUUUCAAAUUCAAUGUUCUGAAUAAGCCUUUAAGGAUACAAAUGGCCUGGGACGAACUCAACAUCCUCAAAUCUCUCCCACCACAUCCUAAUAUUAUACCAUUUGAUCGCGUGGUCCUUGAAGACCAGGAGUCCCGGGUGAUUGGAUUUACUACGAAGUAUAUCUCAGGUGGAAACCUCGCCAAUCCCGACAUUCCUUUCCGAUUCGAGUGGCUACAGCAGCUUACUGAAGUCGUGGAUUUCCUCAACCUAGAGCUAGGGAUUAUGCAUCAAGAUAUCGCACCCCGAAAUCUGCUUAUCGAUCCUUGCACCCAGAAGAUCGUUCUCUUUGACUUCGAUCGAGCUGCAUCCGGAAAACAACGACUAUACGACGGUCGAGACGAUGUUAUGGGCGUUGCAUUUACACUCUACGAGCUUAUCACGAACGACACAUCCUUUUCAGAUAUCCCUCACUGGGAUCGAAAUAUUAACAUGGUGCAAAGUAUCCCAGAGUGGACUAGUCAUCGUGAGCUAGACUCUGAGGUAUCGAAAUUCCGCAGUUUUCUAAGUGAAUGGAUCGCAACACGGAGAUCUGACGGGGCUGGGGAUAUGGAGCGAUAUCUCAAUGCACCACGCCGAUUUACGUGGCCGGACACUCCAACAGCACCUUAUUACAAUGUGCUGUUCGAAUUGGGCACAACCUCGGAUGGAAAGCCAAAUUGGACCACUGGCCAUCGAUCUAGACACACAGCAAUGAAGAUGGGGCAGUAUUGUUUCCGCUGGGAGAGGCUCCCGCAGAGCCGCUGUUCGAUCGAGGCUGAGCAUGGCGUCAAGCAGUGA